AAGCAACUCACAGUGUAACCAAUAGCAAUAACAAAGAGCUCAAUCUCUCCAUCUUUUCAAUUUCUUUACUUUCAAAAUGGUGCUAUCCAAGACGGCUUCUGAGUCUGAUGUUUCAAUCCAUUCUACCUUCGCCUCUCGCUACGUUCGAAACUCACUUCCUAGGUUUCAGAUGCCGGAUAACUCGAUACCGAAGGAGGCGGCGUACCAGAUCAUAAACGAUGAGCUGAUGCUUGAUGGGAAUCCGAGGUUGAACUUGGCUUCAUUUGUGACGACGUGGAUGGAGCCUGAGUGUGAUAAGCUUAUGAUGGCUGCCAUCAACAAGAACUAUGUUGACAUGGAUGAGUACCCUGUUACCACCGAGCUUCAGAACCGAUGCGUGAACAUGAUAGCAAGGCUAUUCAACGCUCCACUGGAGGAGUCAGAGGCAGCCGUUGGAGUCGGAACAGUAGGGUCAUCGGAGGCAAUUAUGCUGGCAGGCCUUGCAUUCAAAAGAAAGUGGCAAAACAAGCGCAAGGCCGAGGGCAAACCUUAUGACAAACCCAACAUCGUCACUGGAGCCAAUGUCCAGGUAUGCUGGGAGAAAUUUGCAAGGUAUUUUGAAGUGGAGCUGAAGGAAGUUAAACUGAGGGAAGGUUACUAUGUGAUGGACCCAGUCAAAGCUGUAGAAAUGGUGGAUGAAAACACUAUUUGUGUUGCUGCUAUCCUCGGUUCUACUCUCAAUGGAGAAUUUGAAGAUGUCAAACUAUUGAACGAUCUUUUGCUCGAAAAGAACAAGCAAACUGGAUGGGAUACUCCAAUUCAUGUUGAUGCUGCCAGUGGUGGAUUUAUUGCUCCAUUUUUGUACCCAGAGCUUGAAUGGGAUUUCAGGCUUCCACUGGUGAAGAGCAUUAACGUCAGUGGCCACAAAUACGGGCUUGUGUACGCCGGAAUUGGGUGGGUUAUCUGGAGGAGCAAAGAGGACUUGCCUGAUGAACUCAUCUUCCACAUUAACUAUCUUGGAGCUGAUCAACCCACUUUCACUCUCAAUUUCUCCAAAGGUUCCAGUCAAGUCAUUGCUCAAUACUAUCAACUAAUUCGAUUAGGCUGGGAGGGAUACCGCAAUGUGAUGGAGAAUUGUCACGAAAACGCGAUGGUACUCAAGGAAGGAUUGGAGAAAACAGGCUGCUUCAACAUCGUUUCAAAGGACGAUGGAGUUCCUCUGGUGGCCUUUUCUCUCAAGGACACCAAACGCCAUAACGAAUUUGAGGUAGCCGAAAUGCUGCGUCGUUUCGGAUGGAUUGUGCCGGCAUACACCAUGCCGGCAGACGCUCAACACGUUACCGUGCUUCGAGUUGUGGUUAGAGAAGACUUCUCCCGUACCCUCGCGGAGCGUCUCGUGCUCGACAUCACAAAGGUACUGCACGAGCUCGAUAGUCUUCCUGCAAAAUUGUCUGUGACUUGUGAACAGAAAAAUGGAAAGAAUGGGACUGUGGUGAAGAAGACUGUGAUGGAAACUCAGAGGGAAGUCACUGAUUAUUGGAAGAAAUUCGUCUUGGAAAGGAAAACUAACAAGAACACAAUUUGCUAGAUUUUAAUUUAUUUUUUAUUAACAUUGUUCGGAUAAAAUAUUUUGGUAUUAAUUUCAUGUAAUCGAUGAGUUUCCGACUCUUAAAGUAAUUCAUUUGCCUUAUUGAGC